UACUGGAAAACAGAAACUGCGUGAGGUGACAAAAAUUUCUCUUGCCUGUCUGUGAGUAGACAGAAAUGAUUUUGUAAACCGUCACAACUUAAGAGAUAGCAUAUUUGAUUAUGUCGUUAAUUCCGGGCACGAAGAAGAAGGACAGGCGCAUUUUGUGCGGGAUGUGCCCGGACCCGCAGUGCCAGGCGAAGCUCUUCUUUCCCGCACACACCUCCAUCAGCAUCGAGUGCACCGAGUGCGGACAGAGACAUGAGCAGAAAAACCUCGCUAACGUGGAAGAAGUGACCGACCCAGAUGUAGUGCUCCAUAAUCUGCUGAGAAAUGCCUUGUUAGGUGUGCCGGGCCCUCCCAAAAAGGGGUCUGAGCUGGUUAAAGUGAUGGGACUGUCAAAUUAUCACUGCAAGCUGCUCUCACCCAUCCUCACCCGCUUCGGCAUGGACAAACAGACAGGCACUGCCAAACUUUUGAAGGAAAUGAAUCAAGGAGAAAUUUUUGACUGCUCACUACUUGGUGACAGGGCAUUUCUCAUUGAGCAAGAGCACGUAUCCACUAUAGGCUAUGGUAGGGAUCGGUCAGGGAGCUUGAUCUAUUUGCAUGACACUUUGGAGGAGAUAAAGAAAUCAAACUCAAAUAGAGAGUGUCUCAUUCCAGUACAUGUGGAUGGAGAUGGACACUGCCUGGUCCACGCCGUAUCCAGGGCAUUAGUCGGGCGAGAGCUCUUCUGGCAUGCCCUUAGAGAAAACCUAAAACUUAACUUUAAGCAGAAUAUUGGCCGCUACAAAGCUCUUUUUCAGGACUUUAUAGAUGCUGCAGAAUGGGAAGACAUAAUUAACGAGUGUGACCCAUUGUUUGUCCCUCCAGAGGGCGUACCGUUGGGCUUACGGAACAUUCACAUAUUCGGCUUGGCGAAUGUGCUCCAUAGACCCAUAAUCUUGCUGGACUCCCUGAGUGGCAUGCGCAGCUCGGGCGAUUACUCCGCCACCUUCCUGCCAGGUUUGGUCCCCGAAGAUCAGUGUCGGGGAAAGGACGGCACUCUAAACAAACCCAUCUGCAUUGCAUGGAGCAGCUCAGGUCGAAAUCACUAUCUGCCUUUGGUGGGCAUUAAGGGUCUGGCUUUGCCGCGUUUAUCUGCUGCGCUGCUGCCAAAAGCGUGGGGUGUUCCUCAGGAGCUGAUACGCCGGUACGUGAGUCUGGACUCCAAUGGCAGCUGUGUGAGGGGUGACCGCAGCCUGCAGGAUAAAUACCUGCAACGACUUGUCUGUGCCAUGGAGGACGUCUUCAUGGACAAGCACGGCAUCAGCCCAGCUCUGGUCGCAGAUGUUCACCAAUACAUCUAUCGACGCACUGGAGUGAUCGGCGUGCAGCCUGAGGAGGUGACUGAAGCGGCCAAGAAAUCUGUUCAGGAGAACCGUAUGUACCGUUGCCUAGUCUGCAAUGCCCUCUCGGAGCUUCACGUGCCAGCUGAGUGGCUCAUACCGGGAGGGAAGCUCUACAACUUGGCCAAGUCCACUCACGGGAUGCUGCGAGGGGAUAAAAACUACAGCUUUCCUCUGAAUAGUGUGGUCUGUUCUUAUAACCCAGAAAAAGAUGUUCUAGUGCCCGACUACAAACUCAGCUCCCUCCCGGCUUGCACCUGGUGUCAUGGAACCUCAGUUCGGCGUGUCCGUGGAGACGGCUCUAUGGUGUAUUUGGAUGGAGAUCGCACCAACACGGUCUCACAGGGUGGGAAAUGCGGCUGCGGGUACAAGCACUUUUGGGAGGGGAAGGAGUAUGAUAAUCUACCUGAAGCUUUCCCGAUUACUCUAGAGUGGGGCGGCCGUGUGGUCCGUGAGACUGUUUAUUGGUUCCAGUAUGAGGUGGAUCCAACGCUUAACAGUAAUGUUUAUGAUGUGACCAUGAAGCUUGUCACAAAGCAUUUCCCGGGUGAAUUCGGCAGCGAGAUCCUAGUGCAGAAAGUGGUUAACACCAUUCUGCAUCACACAGCUAAGAGGAGCCAAGAUGAAUACAACCCAGUUGCCAUAGAGGGUGCUCAUGUGCAGGACGGGGGCGAUGCGGGUGCUCAACCUCCUACUAAAAUUAUCCUGACCGGACAGAAGGGCAAAACGCUGCAUAAGGAGGAGCUGGUGAUGAGUAAAACCGAGAGGGUCUUGCAGCACAGCAUCAGCGAGCAGGCGGCCCUCUCCCAGCGGCGCAGUACGGACCGUGUGCGCCAGCAGGACAAGGCCUCAGAUCCUCGCCCAUCAUCUCCAUCCUCUUCAUCAUCCUCCGCUCCUCCCACACCCACUAAAAUGCCGCCCCCUAGUGGAGAGAAGAAGAUACGCGUAACGACUAGUGAUGGGCGGCAGUCCAUGCUUACAUUACUGCCACACACCACCUACAGUGAACUGCAAAACUCUAUUGUCCAGGUUUUCGGCCUCCCACCUGGCCAGCUGUGCAUCCGACACGGCUUCCCGCCCCGAGAGCUCCCCCCCCCACGCCCAGAAGACCAGAAUCAACCUGUCGCUCUCCAGCACGGUGACCGCAUCUCUGUGGAAGUGCUGAAAGAGAACUCAUCUGAUACUCACAUGACCCAAGAACACUCUCACACACCUCAAACACACGCUCAGUCUGAUCCAGGUCUCAGUCGUGCCAGCAGCAGGGAACUCCAGGACAACAUAGACCUUGAGAUGUCAUCACUCUGUCUACUAGCAGCGCUCAUGGGUGAAGACGUCUGGUCAUAUGCCAAGAAACUGCCUCAUCUGUUCCAGCUAGGAGGAAUCUUUUACAACAUUGUCAAGAAAGACAUGGGUCUGCUGGACGGGAAGCACUGCACACUGCCCCAUUUGACGGGUAAGACGUUUGUGUUCAAUGCAGCAGAGGAACGUUUGGAGCUGUGUGUGGACACCGCCGGUCAUUUUCCAGUGGGCCCUGAUGUGGAGGACCUUGCCCAGGAAGCCCUGUCCCAGCUCCGUACAGAUUCAGCCUCCCGUAGCCGUGAGGGAAGUCCCGCCCAUAGCCUGCGAUUGGGCGCUGGUGGCGCAGUGCGCAGGAAAGAGCAGAGCGUCACUGCUUUCCAAGGCAAAGGCCACUCGUUGGGUUCUGCCCCUCCGGAACACCCACCAAUCAGGCGGCAGCACAGCAGCGGAGUGGAUCUCAGCAGCAGCGUUCAGCAGGAGGAACUAACAUUGUCAGGGGAGGAGUUAGUACGUGUGGCCCCAGGCAUGCUCACUCUACGUGAGGGUCGCGAAAUGGGACUGGAGCCUGCUGUGAUCGAGGCCCAGCGGCAACGCCUGCAGGAGAUGGUUUCGAGCAUACAGGCAUCCAUGGACAAACACCUGCGCCAGAACGCUGCAGCAAGGCAUGAUGGGAAGGAGGAAGAGACUCCUGAUAAACAGGAUGAGAUGGAGAGUCAUGGGGCGGAGCCUCCCAGCACUUUUGAGCCCAUGGACCAAUCCUGAUGCUUCAUUACCCUUUGAGCAGAGCAAGCUUCGUUUAUGGCAUAACACUCACAUACACUCACACUGUGAUCCAACUAACCAAUAAUGGUGCCACUGAUUUAUGUGUCUUUUCAGUACAAAAUGCAUUUCUUAUGUAUUCUCAAGUCUUAAGGUGUGAAAUUUGGAGUGAUUAUUUACUAAUUCAUGCAUUGGCUUGCAUUCGCCCAAAAUACUUGCAUCAAAAUGCACAUUAAUUUAAGGUCACCCCUAAGCUUUGCUAGUAUGCACAUGCAUAGUGCUUAAAUAAUCAAAGUGCACUUUGACCCUCAUGAUGGGUAUAUGGCUCUGUUAUCUAAACAUAAUUACAACCAAAUGAUUACCAAUUCACAAAACUGAUUGUCUCACACUUGAAUGGGCAUUUCUCUAUGUGUGUGUGUGUGUGUGUGUGUGUGUGUGUGUGUGUGUGUUUAUUAUAGAACACAUCUGAAGGUGCAGUUUAUCCUCCAUCAUAGCUUGUAUCCUCAGCACAUUUCUGCCCAUGUUUUGCCAUGAGGAACAAACCAGGUGUCAUGUGUCAGCUCAGUCAUGCGGUUGUCUUUUGCACCUCUCCAACCUGUAUUACUUGUAAUGCACUGCUGUCACGCUCAGUCCAAAGAACACUACUUGAAGACUAGAAAAUAGUUCUAGUGUUUGAUGUUUACUUAAACAUCUCACUAUACACACACACACACAGAGGACUGAGAAGCAGAUCAGCAUGGAGUUGCCCUUGCAUAGUCCAUACAUGAGAGAACGGUUUGUGUUCUAUAAUGUCCGAUUGGACUGAACUCUAAUGUCAGUGUUGCCUUUUGUGCAGCCCAGGGCCUUCUGGGGUUAGUGGUCAGGGUUGCACAUUCACACGCUCAUUAUUUGACUAAAUUUGGUUUUAUUGUGUCCAUUUGCAUGUCGUUUCUUCUUUUCUAACACUGUUCGGUGCAGCAUUAUUUGCCUUUAUAUUCGAUUUUGGCAAAAUGUAAACUGAAAGUAGCAGAGAGGGUGAUAUGUUCAGGAUGUUUUUAUUAUAGCACUCAAUAAUAUUGUUACUUGUGUUAGUCUAUGCUCAUGCACAAAUGAAAAACUGAUGUAGAGGAAGGACAGUAUGUAUCAAAACAGUUUGUGUUUUGAUAACCAUUUUCUUUUUUUAUCUGUUCUAGACAAGUUUACUAGCAACCCUGAUUACUAGAGCUUUGAUCUUUACACUUCAGUCAGUGGGUAGAGAAUAUGCCUGAAAAGUUCUAGAAAUUCAAAUACCGAUUGAAAAUUGGAGACAUAAUUUGCAUAUGAUCAAACUUGGGCGAGCUGUUGCAUUUACAACUGGUAUUGCCAAAAACAGAUGAACAAACCUGUGAUUAACAGCCUUAACUAGUCCCCUGCCGUGCCCUGCUUUGAUCUGCAGUGUUUGCGCUUGACACAAUUUCUCAAUGGUGCCGUGUGUUUGACGAUCAGUUCCAAGUGAAACGGAAUGUGGCUUGCCCUUGGUUUCAUCUGAGGUCAAAGGUCAAGUGCAUGUUUUCCCCCUCUUGAAUGAAGCUAUUUGGAGGCCUGAUAAGUUUAAAUGGUUGGCUUUGAUUUUAAGUCAACAACUUUAUCUAUACUAGAGCACUUUUCUGUGUGGGAGUGUUUAUUAGCUCUUGAGCAUAAUUGAUAUUGUUGUUUUACUGCUUCAUGUAACAGACUUAAGUGCAGGUUGUUUCUCUGUGACUGCUGCCCUUAUGAUAUAUUGUAUUCUGGUGUACAAUAGUGGUAUAUAUUGUAUUAUACUUUCAGCUGUACAGAUAUUGAAUCUGUUUUUUUUUUUUUUUGUAUUAUUAUUAUUGUUUCUCCUCCGUUUCUUCCAAUAAAACAGUUGGAUUGAUUCUACGCAGCUGAGGAAUCUGUUUGCAUGCGUAAUUACUUUUCAGCCUAACAACAAUAAAGUUAUU